CUUCCUGGUGGAUUCAAGUUGAAAUCUUUUCUAGAUUCUGAUGGGAUUUCCGUAGUUACUUUUUUCUGCUCUGCUUUUUUCAUGCUUUUCUCAUUGGAUUCGCUGGCCUGUGGUAUUUUCAUGUGCAAAAGUUGAAAGCUUUAUUGGAAUCUGGUCAUAUCUUGAUUUAACAGUCCCUAACUUUUGCAUAUUUGAUAAUUGGUCUUGGGUUUUUAGAGUAGAAUACUUGAGAAUUAUUGGUGGCUCAGCUUGCUUUUGGGUGUAAGGAUUCUUACCUGUUUUCUGGGUUUUGUGUGUAGUUUCUGCUGAAGGGGGUACCUCAGUCAAGGGUUAUGAUUUUGCAAAUUUGAAGUAGAUCUGGUUUUAAGCAUGGAUUCCCCUCAAUCCGUCGUUUCACCGUUCAAAGGCUCCACUGUUUUUCCUGAGCCUGAGAAGCACAAGGCUGAACAUUUCACACGGAAUCUCGGCUGCUUGUCGAGAGAAGUUGAGGUUCAAAGUAAGGAAGAGGAAGCCAUUGGUGUUCUUGAUGUGUACAUACAUCAGGCCAGGGACAUCCAUAACAUCUGCAUAUAUCAUAAGCAAGAUGUUUAUGCCAAGAUUUGCCUCACCAGUGAUCCCGAAAACACGGUCUCCACUCAAACCAUCAACGGCGGUGGGAAGAAUCCCGUCUUCAACGAGAAACUCCGAGUCAAUGUCCGGACAAUAGAUUCCUCACUCAAAUGUGAGAUAUGGAUGUUGAGCCGUGUGAGGAAUUAUCUCGAGGACCAGUUAUUAGGGUUUGCUUUGGUUCCCUUGUCUGAAGUCCUAAUCAAGAGUGGGAAGUUAGAGAGAGAGUUCUCCCUCUCCUCAACCGACCUCUUCCAUUCCCCAGCGGGGUUCGUUCAGUUGUCUCUCUCUUACAGUGGAGCUUCACCAGAAGUGAUAACACUUCCUUCGCUGCCAAACGAAGUGAACGAGUCGAUCCCUAGUGAUUUUGACAAGAUUGAGUUCCCGGAUCUAAAGACUGCGAAUGAGAAUGAUAUUAUGCUUUCGGAAUAUCUAAACCAAUGCACCAAUAUGGACUCCCAGAGCUCUGAGAGCUUGGUUUCCUCUGAUACUGAAAAUCAGCUUAGUUCUGAAAUUGGUGUUCGUGAGGUUGAAAGCUUCUCAACUGGCACUACAGAGUCAGUUGAGCAUCCCAAGCAUGAUUCUCCCCCAAGCAGUGUGUCAACAACUAAUGGGUCUCCAUCAGUUUCUAAGGCUUCAAAUCAAGAAGCCAUUUCGCCUCCAAAGGAAAACUCGAAUGCAAAAAGCGAAGAUGUUGGAGAUGCUGAAAGUAAUGUCUCAGAUGGGGUGCCUGUCGGUACAUUUGCUAAGCCUCUUGUCAAUGUGAACAUUGAACCAGAGCAAAAGAUGGUGCAACAGGACAUAGUGGACAUGUACAUGAAAAGCAUGCAGCAAUUCACCGAGUCAUUGGCGAAAAUGAAGCUGCCAAUGGACAUUGAGAGCGAACCCACCAGUUCUCAGAGUUCAAGUUCCGAUCAGAAAUUACAGGCGCCGAAGACUCCUGGGUCCCGGGUGUUCUAUGGGAGUAGGGCUUUCUUCUAAGCUUUUGUUUCACCGGUUCGGAAGCAGAAAACACAGGUGACUUCCUUUUAGAAAGUAGAAGAAUCAAGACUAAUGCUCAUGAUAAUGUCAUUGGUACGUAGUAGGGUGAUGAUGCUAUCCCAAGUAUGUUGUGGGCUCUUUUGAUGGUGGAAAUAUCAUGACUUAAUAUGUUACAAGCUUUGUUUUUAUCA